CAGGUGCCGGGAGGAGGCCCCGCGCACGCGCACCGGGGACCCCGGGCCGCGUCCCGAGCUCGGGGAGCGCCGGGCAGCGGGCGAGGCGCCGGCGGCGAGGAGCCCCGGAGGAUGCUGUGGAGGAGAGGGAAACACCUGCCCCCCAGAGGAAGCCACAGACCAGGGCCCAGGGCGGCUGAGUGACCUGCGCCUGAUCCUGUUUUUCCAGCGCGCACCUGGCGAGUGAGGGAUGGGCUGGCCGCCGGGGGACCGGCAGAUCGGGCAUGUCACCAGAGCUGCUGACACCGGACACAAGGCCACGCUGCCCGGCUGACGUGUGACCCCGAAUGACAAAUGGCAGCCCCUGAAAGAGGAAGCUCCCGGGGGCCUCUAUACAAGAGACGGAGUUAAGGCCGAGUUCGGAGGUGGACACCCCCUCUCAGACCCUUGGUUCCUCGGGCUGCGAGGUGAUGGAGUGUAAAGCAAGGACGCUGGACACAGGAGGGGGCGCGCCGGGAUUGGUCCGGUGCACCUGACAGCCCAGGAGCGCAGAGAGGGGGCCCCGGAGGCGCAGGGCCAGCCAGGACUGCCCAGCACUAACUGAGGCCUCACCACCCCGCUGGAGGCUGAGGUCACCUUAGCAGGCGCAUCUAGGGCGGGCGCGCCCUCUUUGAAGGAGAGGAGGGUGGGGAGGGGUCGAGGAGAACCUCCUGGGAGCAACAAGCAGUGGAAGCAGGAGUCACAUCUGAGCGCGCGCCAGGAGAGCCCACCGAGGCCCGAAGCCCCCGGGGAACCCUCGCCCUUGAGCCACCCAAGGUCAUGGUGGGCUCCUGAGGGGCGGGGCGCUGCCAUGGAGAACCCGGUGGCCCCCCGUGUCCUCUACCCCGGGGAUGACCCGGGCCAAGGGCCGGAUCCCAGGGGCACCUUGGCGCCGGGAGCGCGCCGCCAGGCAGGGGGAGGCGGCAGCGCGCCCGAGGCUCCGGGAGAGGGCAGCCUGCAGCCGCCGGACGCGUCCUGGGGGGAGGGCGCCUCGUCCCCGUCCCGGUCCCCGUCCCCGGCGCAGUCACCCUGCAGCCUGGGCGCCUCCCUGUGCUUCAGCUCCGGGGACGAGUCCCCGCCGCAGUCCCGCGCUUCCGCCGCCGAGGGCGCAGCGGCCUCCCCGCCCCCGUGCCGCAGCGGCCAGCGGGUGGUGGAGAGGCAGUGGGAGGUCGGCAGCGCCGCGUCGCCGGAGGAGCCCUCGUCCCUGGAGGAGCCCGCGUCCCUGGAGGAGGCCGCGUCCCCGGAGGAGCCCGCGUCCUUGGAGGAGCCCGCAUCCCCAGAGGAGCCCGGGGACCCCGCGCCUCUGCCCCCCGGCGUCGGGCCCGCGCACGGGGAGCCGGACCUGGUCAUCGAGGUGUCGGGCCGCCGGCUGCGGGCGCACAAGGCGGUGCUGGCGGCGCGCAGCGACUACUUCCGCGCGCGCGCGUCGCGGGACGUGCUGCGGGUGACGGGCGUGGGCUGGGCGGCGCUGCGGCUGCUGCUGGCCUACGCGUACAGCGGGCGCAUGGCGGGCGUGCGGCCCGACAACGUGGCCGAGGUGGUGGCGGGGGCGCGCCGCCUGCAGCUGCCCUGCGCCGCGCAGCGCGCCACCGAGGCCGUGGCGCCGCAGCUGAGCCUCGCCAACUGCCUGGAGGUGCUGAGCGCGGCCAAGCGGCAGCGGCUGACGGAGCUGCGCGACGCCGCCUACGGCUUCAUGAGCGACCACUACCUGGACGUGCUGCGCGAGCCCGCCGUGUUCGGGCGCCUGUCGGGCGCCGAGCGAGACCUGCUGCUGCGCCGCCGCCUGGGCGCCGGCCGGGCCCGCCUGCUGGCCGCCGCGCUGGGGCCGGCCGGGGAGCGCGCGGGCAGCCGUCCGCAGAGCCCGUCGGGGGACGCGGAGGGCCGCGGGGACGCCGCCGUCUACUGCUGGCACGAGGCGGCCGGCGAGUGGCGGGAACUGACGCGGCUGCCCGAGGGCGCGCCGGCGCGGGGCUGCGGCCUGUGCGUGCUCUACAACUACCUCUUCGUGGCCGGCGGCGUGGCGGCCGCGGGCCCCGACGGCCGCGCGCGGCCCUCGGACCAGGUCUUCUGCUACAACCCGGCCACCGACCGCUGGAGCACCGUGCGGCCGCUGCGCCAGGCGCGCUCGCAGCUGCAGCUGCUGGCCCUGGACGGCCACCUGUACGCCGUGGGCGGCGAGUGCCUGCUGAGCGUGGAGCGCUACGACCCGCGCGCCGACCGCUGGGCCGCCGUGGCCCCGCUGCCCCGCGGCGCCUUCGCUGUGGCGCACGAGGCCGCCAUCUGCAACGGCGAGAUCUACGUGUCCGGGGGCUCGCUCUUCUACCGCCUGCUCAAGUACGACCCGCGGCGCGACGAGUGGCAGGAGUGCCCGGGCAGCAGCGGCCGCGAGCGCUCGGCCGACAUGGUGGCGCUGGGAGGCUGCAUCUACCGCUUCGACCUGUGCGGGGCCCGCGGGGAGGCGCCCGCGGCCGGGCAGCCGCAGGCCGGCGGGGCACGCGUGCUGCGCUACCACUGCGUGGCCAAGCAGUGGAGCUGCCGCGCUGCGUUUCUGAGGCUCCCGGGCGCGCCGUCGGGGUGGGGCCAGCAGCCCUUCCGCUGCGCGGCGCUGGGCGGCAGCAUCUACUGCGUGAGCCGCGCGGGCACCUGGCGCUUCGUGCCUCCGCGGGAUGGCGAGCCCGGCGGGGACGUGGCCGCGGAGGACAGCGUGGAGGCCGAGGCGCUGAGCGGCCCCCUGGACGUGCGGGGCGCGCUCUUCCCCUUCGUGCUCAACCUGCCGGAGAAGCUGGACAGAGGCGAGGAGGGCGCUGCGUAGGAUGGGCCGGGUCCCCUGGGAGUCUCCUGCCUCACCCCCUGGGCAGGGAAGGCCUCCUGGGCCCAGGUUCCCACGAGGAGUGGAGGAGGGAGAGAGAGAGUCGCGGGUAGGGCGCUGCCACCGGCUUAUUGAAAGCUUUGGAGUUGGGAGCUGGCGGCUUGGCCUCUAGGACUUCGCGCUGCUGCUUUAAGGCGGGCCUCCCCACUGCGCAUUCCCUUUCCCUUCGCUUUGCUUAGCUUUGCCCUUGGGGUCAGGUGUAGGUUGUGCGCACGCAGGUAACCUCCCAGAGAGACAGCGUCCCAGGGGGAUGAUCGAAAGGGGAUGCCUCAGGGCAGGUGAGCCGGCACCCGCGGGGCACCCAGAGGUCCCUGCGUGCAUAGGACGCAGAGUGGGGUCCCAGGGGCACCUUGGCUUUCGCGAUGAGCAGCCGCAGGGAGUUGGCAGGUCAGGUAGGCCCAGGUGAACUCUAUCUGCGAGAGGAGCCACAGCUGUUGGCCUGGAGGGUUAAGGUGGUCACUGCUGAGUAAAGCUUUUUUUUAAAAAAAUAUAUUUCUGUAUUGAUUUCAGAGAGGAAGGGAGAAUGAGAGAGACAUAGAAACAUCACUGAGAGGGAAUCAUUGAUCGGCUGCCCCCUGCACGCCCCCUACUGGGGAUCGAGUCCGCAACCCUGGCAUGUGCCCUUGGUCAGAAUCGAACCUGGGACCCAUCCGUCCACAGGCUGACGCUGUAUCCACUGAGCCAAACAGGCCAGGGCAUGAGUAAAGCUCUUAAGCCCUUUUUCACCCACUAAGUCAGAGGGGUUCCUGCCGACACUGCUCCCGUUUUGGUGGAGCCUUUGUUGAGGGCUACAAUCUCUCUCUCUCUCUCUCUAAAAUAUUUUUAUAGAUUUCAGAGAAGAAGGGAGAGGGAGAGAGAGAGAGAAACAUCAGCAGUGAGAGAGAAUCAUUG